CCUUUGCCUGUACAAAAUUCUUUCCUUCCCAACCCGUAACCUCAGUUACCGAGAGACAAGACACAAAAAACCAAAAGCCCGGCGCCAAUGUCGAAGCGGAGCUACCAUCCCUUGACGGAUCUCGGCUGCAUCGCCGGUGAAGACUUGUCCGAGUUUGGCGCUGGCAAGGAAGGAUGGCUAGCCCCUGACGCCAGCCCCACUCACCUCUGUGCUCUCGACGCCCAUUCUCUCGCCAUCGCUAACCGAUCACUUAUUCUCAUCCUCGGAUGGUCCGACACGGAUGAGCCUCGGGUCCAGAUCCGUCCCGAACUGUCACCUAUCGAGGCCGAGCACAUCACGGCCAUAGAGUGGCUGGUUUUCGAUGAGAUUAAAGUGAUUGCGGUUGGGACCUCUCGAGGGUUCAUCUUGGUUUACUCUGUGCGUGGUGAUUUGAUUCAUAGACAGAUGGUAUAUCCAGGACGCAUUGUAAAGUUAAGAGUCCGUGGAACUAAGAAAGAUCUGACACAAGAUAUAUCUUCAGAGGAAGUUUGUGUUGUCAUACCUGGUGUAAUUGCUCGUUUUGAUGGGUCUGAUAUAAAGAGUAUGCUUCAAAGGUGGUUUCAAGAAACACAUUCCCGUUUUUGGGAUCAGAAACCAAAGAAAGAUUCAGAGGAUAUUGGAAACUCUUAUGGGAGAUUACCUUACCAGUUAUGGAAUGUUAAUAAGUAUGGGACAUGUGUUGAUGCAGCAAUCACUGGCAUAAUGCCACCCCCUCUCAUGGAACUCCAGUCAAAUCAACGUUACUAUUGUGCAGUCACUAUUGGAGAUGAUGCUGUGAUCUCAGCUUUCAGACUUUCAGAAGAUAGGAACCGUUCUUUGGUAGGAGCUAUUUUGUCAAAAGUUGUGCCUGCAACAUUUUCCACAAUUGCUUCUUUUUCUAAAAUGAUAUGGCGGAGUGAACAAACACCAAAGAGGAAGUCAGAAGAGAAGCCUCAAUCGUUUGCUCGAGCUUCUCCUUUGACAUGUUUGAAGGAUCACCCAAGAAAAGGGGAAAAGCUCACCUUAUCACCCAGUGGCACUUUGGCUGCUAUUACAGAUUCACUUGGUCGUAUAUUGCUCUUAGAUACUCAGGCACUUGUAGUAGUGCGACUAUGGAAGGGAUAUCGUGAUGCAAGCUGCUUCUUCAUGGAAAUGUUAGUCAAUAAGGAGGCUAUAGGGUCAGGUUCCUCUUACUAUGAACCAGGAAAGAGUGACUACUGCCUCUGUUUAGCCAUUCAUGCACCUCGAAAAGGAAUUGUUGAGGUCUGGCAGAUGAGAACCGGACCACGUCUUCUAACCAUCCAGUGUGCUAAAGGUUGCAGAUUGUUACAGCCAACUUACCGGUUUGGAUCAUCAUUGGACUCUCCUUAUGUUCCUCUGGAAGUUUUUUUGUUAAACGGAGACUCUGGUCAACUAUCAGUGUUGAAUCGCUUUCUUAAUUGAAUAUAAUUUUACACAGAAAGUUCUUUCUUUGUUCGAUUUUAUCAUUUCUUCUCCUCCAUCUCUGUUUGUUUCCUCUGUGACUGCAAAUUAAGGGGUCAUGAAAUGUAAGUUGUAGAAAGAAUGAUGGCACUAAUCAUGCCUCUUUUUAUUUUCACACAGACAGUAAAUUGGAAAAGAAAACAGCUUAAUUUGAUAAAGGAACAUGACUUGUUUUUUUUCCGUC